AUGAACCAGCUGGAUGCACCACGGCCACUGAACUGGACCAUCAGAAAACUGUGCCAUGCAGCCUUCCUGCCAUCUGUACGCCUGCUAAAGGCACAGAAAUCGUGGAUAGAAAGAGCAUUCAGCAAGAGAGAAUGUGUUCAUAUCAUAGUGAGCGCCAAAGACCCCCAUAGGUGCUGUUGUGGCCGUCUAAUAGGUCAGCAUGUGGGCUUGCCACCAGGCAUCUCAUCUAGUCAGAAUGAUAAGGCAGAGCGUUUGGCCAAGAAUGACAGCCUGUCGGAGAAGUGGUCAAUCAGCAAACACACACAGCUCAGCCCCACUGAUGCCUUCGGCACCAUUGAGUUCCAGGGAGGAGGACACUCCAACAAAGCCAUGUACGUACGAGUGUCUUAUGACACCAAGCCUGACCUGCUACUCCACCUGAUGACCAAGGAGUGGCAGCUGGAACUGCCCAAGCUGCUCAUCUCAGUCCACGGGGGCCUGCAAAACUUUGAAUUGCAGCCCAAACUCAAGCAGGUCUUUGGCAAAGGGCUCAUCAAGGCUGCCAUGACAACAGGAGCCUGGAUAUUCACUGGAGGAGUCAACACAGGUGUGAUUCGCCAUGUGGGUGAUGCACUGAAAGACCACGCCUCCAAGUCACGGGGGAAGAUAUGCACCAUUGGUAUUGCUCCAUGGGGCAUCGUAGAAAAUCAAGAGGACCUUGUUGGCAAAGAUGUGGUGCGUCCAUACCAGACCAUGUCCAACCCGAUGAGCAAGUUGACGGUUCUUAACAGUCUCCACUCCCACUUCAUCCUGGCCGACAAUGGCACCACAGGAAAGUAUGGUGCUGAGGUCAAACUGCGACGCCAGCUCGAAAAACACAUCUCCCUGCAGAAGAUCAACACACGUAUUGGUCAGGGUGUGCCAGUGGUGGCCUUGAUUGUAGAAGGGGGCCCCAAUGUGAUCUCUAUAGUGCUGGAGUACCUCAGGGACACUCCUCCAGUUCCUGUGGUGGUGUGUGAUGGCAGCGGCAGAGCCUCCGACAUCUUGGCCUUUGGACAUAAAUAUUCAGAGGAGGGAGGCAUAAUUAAUGAGUCUCUAAGAGACCAGUUGCUGGUGACCAUUCAGAAGACAUUCACCUACAGCCGCUCACAGGCCCAACAUCUGUUCAUCAUUCUCAUGGAGUGCAUGAAGAAGAAGGAACUGAUAACAGUUUUCCGGAUGGGAUCAGAGGGUCAUCAAGACAUUGACCUUGCCAUUCUCACUGCGUUACUCAAAGGUGCUAAUGCUUCAGCCCCAGACCAGCUGAGUUUGGCCUUGGCGUGGAACAGAGUGGACAUUGCACGCAGUCAGAUCUUCAUCUAUGGACAGCAGUGGCCUGUUGGUUCGCUGGAGCAGGCGAUGCUGGAUGCCUUAGUCCUGGACAGAGUUGACUUUGUCAAGCUCCUGAUUGAAAAUGGAGUCAGCAUGCACCGUUUCCUCACUCUUUCCAGGCUGGAGGAGCUCUAUAACACGCGCCAUGGACCAUCAAACACCCUGUACCACCUCGUCAGAGAUGUCAAAAAGGGAAACCUGCCCCCGGACUACCGGAUCAGCCUCAUUGACAUUGGACUGGUCAUUGAAUACCUCAUGGGCGGGGCAUAUCGGUGUAACUACACCAGGAAGAGAUUCAGAACUCUAUACCAUAACCUCUUUGGACCCAAGAGGCCCAAAGCUCUGAAACUGCUGGGGAUGGAGGAUGACAUGCCGAUCCGAAGAGGUCGUCAGAAGACGACGCGUAAACGAGAGGAAGAGGUGGACAUUGAUUUGGACGACCCAGAAAUCAACCACUUCCCUUUCCCUUUCCACGAGCUGAUGGUGUGGGCCGUGCUCAUGAAACGUCAGAAGAUGGCGCUGUUCUUUUGGCAGCAUGGUGAAGAGGCCAUGGCCAAGGCCUUGGUGGCAUGUAAGCUUUGUAAGGCCAUGGCACAUGAAGCAUCUGAGAAUGACAUGGUGGAUGACAUCUCCCAGGAACUAAACCACAACUCUCGAGAGUUUGGCCAGCUGGCUGUGGAGCUCCUAGACCAGUCCUAUAAACAGGAUGAGCAGAUGGCCAUGAAGCUGCUGACAUACGAGCUGAAGAACUGGAGCAACGCCACCUGCCUGCAACUGGCUGUAGCAGCCAAACAUAGAGAUUUCAUUGCUCACACCUGCAGUCAGAUGCUGCUGACCGACAUGUGGAUGGGGCGUCUGCGCAUGCGCAAGAACUCUGGCCUGAAGGUAAUCUUAGGGCUGCUGCUGCCACCAUCUAUCCUGAGUCUGGAAUUCAAGAACAAGGACGAGAUGUCCUACAUGCCCCAGGAUCAGGAGGCCUAUCUACAGGAGAAAGAGGAGGAGGAGCCUGAAAAACCAGUCAAGGAAAAGGAGGAGGAAGACAUGGAGUUCACAGUAAGAUCUUACUGUGAGGCGCAGUACAACUCCGUGGCAAUGCUGGGUAAAGUAACCACAGAGACAUCCAGAAAGAAGGAUGUUGAGGAGGUUCAGAACCGCCACCGCCUUAUCCCCAUGGGACGCAAGAUAUACGAGUUCUACAAUGCUCCAAUUGUCAAGUUCUGGUUCCAUACGAUGGCAUAUGUGGGCUACCUGAUGCUGUUUAACUACAUUGUCCUGGUCAAGAUGGACCUGUGGCCUUCUCCUCAAGAGUGGAUUGUUAUCGCUUACAUCUUCACCAAUGGCAUUGAGAAGAUGAGAGAGAUCCUGAUGUCUGAGCCGGGGAAGUUAUUACAAAAGGUGAAGGUGUGGCUUCAGGAAUAUUGGAACAUCACAGACCUCAUGGCCAUCCUCAUAUUCUCUGUCGGCAUGGUUCUGCGCCUCCAGGAGCCACCGCUCAUGAGUUAUGGACGGGUGAUUUACUGUGUCAACAUCAUCUAUUGGUACAUCCGGCUGCUCGACAUCUUCGGAGUCAACAAGUACCUGGGUCCCUAUGUGAUGAUGAUUGGCAAGAUGAUGAUCGACAUGAUGUAUUUUGUGAUCAUUAUGUUGGUGGUGCUGAUGAGUUUUGGGGUGGCGCGUCAGGCCAUUCUCAACCCUAAUGAAGACCCAUCCUGGAUGCUAGCCAGGAACAUCUUCUUCAUGCCUUACUGGAUGAUCUACGGAGAGGUGUUUGCCGACCAGAUUGACCAUAUGCAUAGUAGGAAGGUACAGCAAAGGCUGAAUGAAAAACUCUGGCUGGUCGAAAAUUACUUACGCACUCAUGGAACCUGGCGUAAUAAUGGUCCAUCCCACAUUGCCCAGUGCAGUCAAAAUCCCACCCCCUGUGGGCAGAACAUCACUACAGAGGAUGGUGUGGUGGUGGCUCUGCCUCCCUGCAAGACGGGUGCCUGGAUUGUCCCAGCGAUCAUGGCUUGCUAUCUGCUGGUGGCCAACAUACUUCUGGUCAACCUACUCAUUGCUGUGUUCAAUAAUACAUUCUUCGAGGUCAAGUCCAUCUCCAACCAGGUGUGGAAGUUCCAGCGCUACCAGCUCAUUAUGACCUUCCAUGAACGCCCCGUCCUUCCUCCACCUCUCAUCAUAUUCAGCCACAUAACUAUGGUUCUCAAGCAUCUGUGUUGUCGAUGGCGCAAACAUGAUGACGAUGAGAGGGACUAUGGACUGAAGCUUUUCAUCACAGAAGAUGAGCUGAAGAAAGUCCAUGAUUUUGAGGAGCAGUGUAUAGAGGAGUACUUCAGAGAGAAAGAUGACAGAUUCCACUCCUCUAAUGAUGAGAGAAUCAGAGUCACUUCUGAAAGGGUGGAGAAUAUGGCAAUGCGUUUAGAGGAAGUCAAUGAGAGGGAACACUUCAUGAAGGCAUCACUGCAGACUGUUGAUAUUCGUCUGGCCCAAAUGGAGGAGCUAAUUGGACGAAUUGCUGUAGCAUUGGAGCGCAUGACUGGUGUUGAGCGUGGGGAGGUCCAAAAAGCUCGUUCCCGGACUUCAUCUGACUGCACAGACUCUGCAUACAUACUCCGCCAGGCAGAGUGCCCAGAAGCAGCAUACAUUCUCCGUCAAAGCAGCUUUAACAGCACAGAGGGGAACUGCUACCGCCUACAGGAGGCCCUAGAGGGAACAGCUGAGGGCUCCAUGUCCCCUCCUUCGCCCACUGGCAUUGCUACACGGACCAGGAGUCACUCAUUUUAUGUUGGAGCUGGUCGUACUAGUGAACGAGGAAGUAGAGCUGAGCGAGCUGAAAGCUUCUUCAAAGACCGUUCACUCAGUCUCCACAGAGCCAACAGCUCACAAUCUGUGUCCUCAGCUGCCGGCCCCAAGGAGUCUAAGCCCCUCCCACUGGCGACGUUGUCGGUCUCCCAGCAGCACCGUCCGUCAUCCUGCAUUGAUAUCUAUGUCUCAACGUCUGAAGAGGUGGGACCUGCGGAGGUCUUUCUAGAUCCUCUCCGUAUGGUCCCACCUCUCCAGAGAGACUCCUCACUGCAGUCAGAUAUAAUAGAGACGGUGCUGCCUGGAGGCCGGGAUUUCAGCAGCGCUGCCACCAGCGGUUUGGGCGACAGGCACUCGGAGGGCGGAGCAGGCAGCAGCGGAACAGCUGGAGCUAUGUUUGAUGACAGUGCUGCAGCUGAUUUGUCAUUAUGCUCAGCACAUCUUUUACCAGACAGCACUUUACCUCCUUGGGAUAUGGAACCAUCCCCACCUCCUUCAGCAGGGCUGCUUGAACGUUCUAAGAGCAGCCGCUACCUCUCUACGGCAGGCACAGGAUUCCUGGAUGAGCCUCCUCUUGUCAAGUCACACAGCCUCAUGUUCACACCAAGAGGCUCCUAUGGUGGAAUUGGGGCUGGAGUCCAGGUAAAGGCCGCAGAGUACACCAGCAUUACUGACUGCAUCGAUACACGCUGUGUCUCAUCCCCAUACGCCCCCGCAGAACGCUCACAGUCACCUGGAGGUUCCACUUCAUUCCCAUUUGAUAAGCCGUCGGACGUUGGUUCCUCUCACCCAGAGAGAGAGGCAGAGCUUAGUCACACAGAGUCUGACCCUGAGGACCCUGAUGACCUGGUUCCACCCCCUGAUACCCCUCGCCUAGGGGUCCUAGGUGGGCCCAGUGGGGCCCCUCUCUGCUCCCCCUUCUCCAAGCUGGAGCGAGCAAACAGCUGCUCUUCAGACGACUCCCAUCCUUCGCUCACGCUGGCCCCUCCGCACCGGAAGAGCCUGUCGGUGAGUGAGAGGAUGGAGAGAGGACCAGGUCUGGGGGCAGACAGGGGGCCUGGGCCUGGGGGGCGGGGUCUGGCAGGAACCAGAAACCCCUUCCUCAGGAGCAAGUCUGGAGCAAGGCCUGAAACAGCCAAGACUGACAGCCUCUCAAUGAGGAAGCUGGCAGCUCCGUCAGCUUUCCGCAGCUUUGAUAGGCAAAACUACACGUGACAAGGAUGCGUAAGUGCACUUGCACACUGCUAGGACCAGGGAGGAAUAUUGUAAGGGCAGAAGGCAAAAGUGAAAGCAGGGUGAAGUUGCCCGUAGAUGCUAAUCUGGACAAGAUCUAAGUUUUUUUGUUUCUUUUUUUCAAAUUACAUUUAAGAUUAGAAAAAUUUAUUAAUAAACAGUAUUAAAGGGCAUCUUUACCCUGAUUAAUGGAUCUGCAGAGAAGGCUUGGAGAUAAAGGGGUCCUACUGUACACCAGUCAAAACAAAGAGCUAUGAAUCUAGACUAGUUUUUACCUCUUGUAGCUAAGUAACUCUCAGUUUUGGUGUUAUGGCAAUGGAAGGUGUAUUUGUACUGUAUGUCUUCCACCCACCACCUUUACUUCAAGUAGACAUCUUUCACUGUGUUACAUCACAUAUCAGUCACACUAGUCAUACAAAGUAUACUGUUACUCCUAGCAGCUUUAUAUGGUAGACACUGUCAAGCCUGAGAGACCAAGGGAGAGGAGAAAGAAAGAAAAGUCAUCCACCUCAUUUUGUCAUUUUGUCCUAGCAUAGAGUCAUUACUACUUCAAAACCUUAGCUUCAUGCACAUUUUCCUCGCAUCAUGUAAUCCUAACUCAUGUAAUCCCAACCCAGAACGACACUAACAUUUCUGACCACUUUGUGAAGGGAUCAGAAGUGUGUGGACUUAACUGCACUUCAAAUGAUAUCGCUAAUAUGAUUAAAAAAAAACUUACCUCUGAAUACACAAAACAUUUAUUUCAUAUUUCAAGGGUACUUUUUUGUUGUUUAUUUGUUUAUUGUAGCAUCAGAGAGGAAAUGGCUAAAGCACUCGUGUUUGCCAGAAACAAAGCAGCAUUUGAACACACUCCAGUCAAAAAGUCAGCAUGUUAACAUGCCAUUGUGCUAGAGGUACUGUUUUGAGGCAUCGUGUAAGCACAUGAGAGAGACAGGCGCUACUAUAGAAGAACUCUGUGUAUGGUUACAUUCUCGUGUUUAUCUACACACACAUAGUUGGUCGGUAAAAUCCUACAUAUCACUCAGAGAUAAACGUUAGUUCAUACCUGACUGCAGAGAGCUUUUACAAGUGCAAUUGCAAAAGACGGGGACAAGGGGGCGUUAUGAGCCUGGGCAAACCUGAUGUGAACCUUAUUUGCCCGCACCUGACACCAAAAAUCUUUCCACUUACUGAAUCGUAGCUCUCUUGUAGCCCAGCCCUCCUCCUUCAGGUUUUGGCAGUGGCAUUAUUUUGAAAUGACUUUACAUCCGCCUAUACCUAACAGAUCCGUCCUUCAUCUAUCCAAUAACUGUCAUUUGUUUUUCUCCUUUUAUUAUUAUUUUUUUUUAUUGCAUUCAAAGCAGACUGCUGCAAAAAGAGGCUUGUUAAAAAAAAAAAAAGAAGGAGUUGCCCAAUAAUCAAAUAAAUUUUUAAAAACACAUCCAGAUCACAAACAGAUCACAAUGACAUAGCUUAAAUUUAUUUUUGAUUGAUUUCUCUUUGGAAAAGCUUCAGAAUAAGUUGCCAAGCAUACGCGUUCUAGCUGAGGUUUAAGAAAAGCAUGCAUUCUAAAGUGGCACGAAGGAGGAAACAUAAGGUCGUUAAUAUUAAACGAUGAAAGCCAGAUCAGUGUUUUAAAAGAGUUCUCAUUUUUUUUAUUGUAAUGAAAGAAGUCUGAAAAAGAAGAUGUCUUUUUCUGAUAGCUUUGUAAAGACAAAAUAAGUUCAAUCAAUAGAAUUCUUACUGAUUUUUAAUGUUUGUUUUUAUAUUUUCUCACUCUUUAUGAUUCAGUUUAAUCAUGUUGCUUUUAUUUUGAGAUUGAUUCUAUUUAUUGACAUUUUCUUGCUCCUUAUUGAUAAUUACAGUAAAUGCCUGUUUGAAUUACAAAAUUAAUAUUUAUAUCUUCUCAGUGAUAUUUUUGUCGAGUAUUUUCUAAUUAAGCUUUUAAAUUUAAUAAAAGAUGACCAUCUACAUGCACUAAAUGAUGAUGUAUUAUAUUAUUUAUUAAAUAUAGACUUGUCUGAUAUACUGUACAUUUCAAUCAUAUUUAAAGUAUUUAAGGUAGUUUUUAUUGUACGUUUUAUCAACCAGCUUAUGACAAUUUUCUAAUGUUGACAAGGCAAUACGUAGUUGCCAGUAUACCAAACUUAGGGUGCCUUUUGGGCAUGGAUGGAGUAUGUGGGGACUGAAGUGAUUCAUAAAUCUGUGAUUUUUUUUUUUGUUUUAUUUCAUCUUUGUCUUCUCUUCUCAUAGAGACCAAAAAUCAGUGGUUAUGUUCUCAUAGACAUUCGUUGUUCGCUUUGGAUACAUCUGAUGUACAGAGUGGGGGAAUUGUUGUUAUUUGUAUCAUUGCUUAUAUGGACAUAGGAUAAGAAAAAAACCUACAAACAAAAACAAGUGUGAGGGUAUAGCAUCAGCAGUGGUUUCAGUAACUGCUCUUGCUAACUUGAAUUGGAUUCGAUCAUGCGGUGCAACCCAAAUCUAAUAAUCCGAACAUCAAGACUGUUAAAAAACCCCCAGGUGACGUCUCUUAAUUUGUCUGAGAGCUACAAAAGACAUUACACAACCGUGGUCCUGGGCAGAGCCGCACUCGACAUGAUCAGUUACCUGAUUCUUGGUAGAAUCUGGAGACUGUCCCUUUAACCUUGUAAUCACAACAGAAGUUGCAGUGACCUCAGUGGCGUGCUGUAGCCAGGUGGCAAAUCUAAAAGAUGAGAUUUUUAAUUUUCUUAACACAUAUGUAAAGGUUAAGAUGAAGGUCAGCGCUCA